AGAGUGUGAUUUCGCAAGAUGAAAUCGUUUACUUUGGUUGCAAUUGUGGCGCUGGCGCUAUUUGCCACAGCUUCGACGAAGAAUAUCCAGUCGAAAACCGCCGACAAGGAUUUCCUUAUUAAGCAAAAAUUCAUUUUGGAGAUCUUGCAGCACGUUUACCAGGACGAUGUUUUCAUGACGAAAUACGACUCCAGCUACUAUGAAUACAAACCAUGGGAACAUGUUGCCGACUAUCAUAAGCAGGAGCUCUUGGAGCACUUUUUCGAGCUAUGGCAACACAAGCCGAUGCAUGACGAUGAGAUCUUCAGUGUGAUGUAUGAGCGACAUGGUGAGUACGCAGUGGGUUUGACGCGCCUGUUCUACUUCGCGAAGGAUUGGGAAACCUUCACUCAUGCCGUCAUGUGGGCUCGUAUGCAUGUCAACAAACAGUUGUUCAUAUACGCGCUGACUGUGGCCGGUCUGCACCGUGCCGAUAUGCAAGGCAUUGUCUACCCAGCCAUCUACGAAAUUUAUCCAUGGAACUUCUUCGAUGUGGACACCAUUGAGUUGGCUGAGAGGUAUAGAAUGCAUAACUUCCACCAGGUAAAGAAAUUGGACAACGUUUACAAUGUUGCUAUCAAGGCAAACUACACCAACGUAUACGGCAACCUACAUGCCGAUCACCAGCUCGCAUACUUCCUCGAGGAUGUUGGUCUUAAUUCAUUCUACUACUACUACAACUUAGAUUAUCCGUACUGGACUAAGGGUGUCGAGGGUUAUGAGUUGAACAAGGAUCGUCGUGGUGAGUUCUGGAUCUACACUCACUGGCAGUUGUUGGCUCGCUACUAUCUGGAGCGUUUGUCUCACGGCUUGGGUGAAAUUGAGGACUUUGACAUGUACGAGUCUGUUGCCAAUGGCUACCACAGUGGCUUGCGUUACUAUCCCGGUGUGAGUUACCCCAACCGUGACAAUGGCUACAGCUUUUACCAUAUCGAGAAUAUGGAGCAUAUGCGCAUGAUUCAUUUAAUUAGCGUACGCAUUAUGAAUUUUAUUCACGGUGAACACAAGGACGAUAUGGAGGCUGUCAAUCAGUUGGGCAACAUCUUACAAGGCAAUGUUGAUAGUGUUGACAGAAAAUUCUAUAACAGCAUCAGCAAGAUCUACAAGGAUAUUGUGAGCGAAGGUGUUUCUUAUGGCAAAUACGAAGAGCCUUUGCCAAGUACUUUCAUGCACUACGAAACUUCGUUACGCGAUCCACUUUUCUUCUCGCUCACCAAGGACAUUGUCCACUUUUAUUGGCAUUUGGCUGAGUCGUUCCCCGAAUACACCGCUAAGGACUACGUUUUCGAGGGUGUAAAGAUCGACAAAGUGCAAAUGCCCGAUCACUUGACCACCUACUACGAAUACUAUGAUUCGGAUAUCAGUAAUGCCGCUAAUGUAGAAGUACCCGUAGAAGGUAGCGCUGAUCCCUUGGUUAACUUUGGCCGCAACUCUCAGCAAGGUGGCAAUAGCUUCGUCAUCAAGGCACGCCAAUAUCGCCUCAAUCACAAACCAUUCCAAUUCCAAAUGGAUGUGACUUCGGACAAGGCGCAAAAGGCUGUCGUUAAGGUUUAUAUCGGUCCUGAACAAGUUGGUGAAAAAUACGAUUACAUUGAAAAGAACUACAUGAACUUCUUCGAGUUGGAACAUUUCGUCGUUGAUUUGCAACCUGGCUCCAAUGUGAUCACUCGCAACUCUGACGAUUUCACCUGGUGGGUAGAGGAUAGAACAACCUAUUUGGAAUUGUACAAAAAGGUGAUGGAUGCCACCAACUCUGACUACAAAUUCGCCCUGAACCAGAAGGAGGCUCACUGCGGUGUUCCACAGCGUCUGAUGCUGCCUGUGGGCGCGAAGGGUGGUGUUUCAUAUCAAUUCUUCUUCAUGGUAUAUCAAUACCAAGAACCAGCUAUCAAACAGCACACCGGCUACGAUCCAAUCAUCUCCUGUGGUAUUGGAUCUGGCGCACGCUGGGUCGACGCGAUGCCAUUUGGCUUCCCCUUCAACCGUCCCGUCAAACACGGCUACUACUUCGAUGUGGAUAAUUUCCACUUUGAGCCAGUAGUGAUCUACCACAAAGAAGACGCAACAAAUGUGGUCUAAGCACAGGCUCAGAUUUGGAUUUUGUAAUUUUAUUUUUGCAGUCAUUUCAGAGUUAUGUGUCCUUAAGUAUCAAACUGAAUUUAGCCAAAUAAACGAUUUUUAUAUUUAAAAGUA